CUGCAAAUUUUUGCGGUUCUGACUGCAGCUAACCCUGAUGUAGACGAAUGCAAAGAAUACAGUGAGUUAAGUGACCCUGACCGGUCUAUAACUAACUACGAUGCCUACGAUAAAAGAUGCGACGGCAAAUUAGAGAUUGGUUGGUACAGAUUCACAGGAAAAGCCGGGCAGAUGAUGCCAACCACAUGCGUCGCCAAAUUUCACUGUGGUGCUUACGGCCCAGGUUGGCUGAACGGCGACCAUCCAAUGCCCCAGGAUGGGAGGGUAAAAAGCAGAGUGUGUUUUCACCUAGAGGGGGAAUGUUGCAAGGAGAAGAUCAGUAUUCAAGUGAGGAAUUGCGGGAAAUUUAUGGUGUACUUUUUGCCACCUGCGCCAAGAUGUCCUUUGAAAUAUUGUGGAAGUAAAGUUGAGGAUGGUAAGUUUGGUAGAUUUUUCACUCGAUCGUUUGUCUGAAAAACCUGUGUACAGAUGUUUUACUGGGGUCUCAUGAGAGGAACUGUGGACACAAGCGGGUUACCUGCGAGCCAGGCGUGGAUAGGGAGAGGAGUAGAGGCAGCUUUCUGUCCGGCUUUCCCCGCCCAGUCUUACGCAGCUUGCUCGCCCGUGCUUGUGAUUUCCAAAUGGGGAUUUAUCCCGACAUUCCCAAAUAUUGAGAUCAUACGUAAAUAAUUACUAACACUGGACGAAAAAACGGAUUUACUAAUGUUUGCGAAAGGUGCAAAUAUGUGGUAAAUUUGGAGCUCCAAAUUUGCAUUACAUUUGCGCUGUCGGCUAAAGUGUGGGCAAAUACAUAUAUUUGCUAGAUAGGUAUUGAUACGCAAAAGUGAAGUAAAUGUAAUGGUUUGAUACAAAUUUGAUACAUAUUUGCAGCAUGGGCAAAUCUUCAACAUUUCUACCAGUUUACUCAAAUUUACAUCCUUGGCAAAAAUGACAGUUUUCACUUUACUUCAAAUGCAGGCAAAAUAUUGCAAAACCCCUAAUUUGCAGUGGUAUUUGCUCUUGUUUUUCCAGGAUACCAAAAGAACACUUUUGCAUGUGGUUUACUCGUAUUUGCCUUAAGAGCAAAAAAUAAUAAAUUUCUAGACAUUUGGCUGUAUCAUAAAUUUGCACAUUUGCAUCAUAAUUAUCCAUAUUUGCAAGGGGAGCAAAUAUAGUGAGCUGCAUAACAUUUGCUGACAGUCAAAGGUGAUGUGCAUGUGACAUUUCCUAUAUGUUUGAUCCGUUUUGUGACUAAAGUAAAUUUCCAAUCUCAACUGUAACAUUACAUUGUUACAAUAAAAUUUUGUACACGCUGUGAGACUCCGCCCAGAGAUCCAACCCCUUACAUGCAUCUUUCCUGUUAACUGUUUUAUGUGCACUGUCAUUUUAAUAUAAAGGAAUCAGAAACCAGUUAAGUUUUUUGACAAUUUUACAUUCACAAAUUUCUUCUGUUAGUCUUUUUACAGAACGAAAUGACAGAUAGUCUACCCUGUCAUAUACUUUAACUCAGGAAAUCCCUAUCCUUUCAUACCUGAAGCAUGAAAAAGGUGUCCCUUUCUGACAGCGCCCCUGGCAUAAACCUUUCCCGGGCUACUAAUUUAAAGCAAAUACACUAAUUCAAAUCCACUCGUUAUUAAGGUCCAGUAGUCAGAUCAUUGAUGCACUGUAUUUCCUACAGUCAGGGCCAUAGCCAGUAUGAGGCAAACCGAGGCACUUGCCUCUGUCAUUUAAGGUUUGAUCCUGGCAGUGUUUGGUUUCAACGUAGCCAUUAUAAAGACCCUGAAUAGCUAGGCGGGGGAUUCAACCAUGGAUAUUGCCUCAGUCCUUAUUUUUUUCUGUCUACGGCCCUUGAACUUGGGAUACAAGGAGGAUCUACAGGAGCUACCGGUCGAAUUGUCAAAUCCUACCUGACAAAGCCCCAUAAACAAUGAACAGACCUUUAUUGGGUUACAGGAUCACAGGAGCUCUGAGUUGGCCUUAGAUCAUGAAAAGUCUAGAGCUAUAAAGAAAAAACUAAGGUGGUGAAACAAAUUAACAUGCAGCCUUUAAACUUCUGGACUGGACUGGGUUGGUCAAAGAUGGGUUAAGAUAACACAAGGUUAGGUCCAGUGGUCAGAUCAUUUACUGUAUUUUUUGUACAUCAUACUAAAAAAUCAAAUUUGGUCCGAAAUAAAAAGUUUUGUGGAUUUCAAACUCAGUGUUGUGAUUAUUCACUUGUACAUAAUUUCCUCAUGGCCAUUUAACCAACAAACUUAAUUCAAUUUAAAACCAACAAUUUUAGUUUAACCAGUAUUUGUUGUAGUUUUGACUGCUUACCUAGAGAUGACCACAUCUCGAUGGCCGGCUUCCUAAAAAUGACCACAUUUUGAAAACCCAACAGCCAAUACUACAACAAAAUAUGGUGAAACUGCUCACAAUUUUAUUUGAACAUUGUCUCAGCUGACAAAUUUAUGAAAGGCUAAUUUUUCUUACUUUGUUGUUUGCAACCCUGAGUUUGAGUUUCAUUGAUUUUAAUGUUGAUUUUGAGUCUCACUGUUCAUUAAGUACUACCUAUUCAAUCCAAAAAAGUCAUAGCAUUUUUGCUGGCUAGAAUUCACCUGAAGCCUGGUAAUUUGCUUGGGAUACAAGGAGGAUCUACAGGAGCUACCGGUCGAAUGGUCAAAUCCUACCUGAAAGGCCCCCCCCCCUUCCCCCCUGCACAAUAAACAAUGCACAGAUCUUUAUUGGAUUACAGGAGCUCUGAUUUGGCAUUGGAUCAUGAAAAGUCUAGAGCUAUAAAGAAAAAACUAAGGUAGUGAAACAAAUUAACAUGCAGCAUUUAUCCUUCUGGACUGGGUUUGCUCAAAGAUGGGUUAAGAUAACACAAGGUUAUAGGUCCAGUAGUCAGAUCAUUUACUGUAUUUUUUGUACAUCAUACUUGUGGAUUUCAAACUCAGUGUUGUGAUUAUUCACUUGUACAUAAUUUCCUCAUGGCCAUUUAACCAACAAACUUAAUUCAAUUUAAAACCAACAAUUUUAGUUUAACCGGUAUUUGUUGUAGUUUUGACUGCCCACCUAGAGAUGACCACAUCUCGAUGGCCGGCUUCCUAAAAAUGACCACAUUUUGAAAACCCAACAGCCAAUACUACAACAAAAUAUGGUGAAACUGCUCACAAUUUUAUUUGAACAUUAACUCAGCUGACAAAUUUAUGAAAGGCUAAUUUUUCUUACUUUGUUGUUUGCAACCCUGAGUUUGAGUCUCACUGUUCAUUAAGUACUACCUAUUCAAUCCAAAAAAAGGCAUAGCAUUUUUGCUGGCUAAAAUUCACCUGAAUCCUGGUUAUUUGAUCUUAAGAUACAAGGAGCAGGGUUGUGGCUUCCCCAAAAAAUUCUGAUGAAGAGAGGGUCUUCAUAUACAGGAGCUACCGGUCAAAUCCCACCCAACAAAGCCCCCCCGCCUCCUUAAAAAAUGAACAGACCCCUACUGGCCCGUUACAGGAGCUCUGAGUUGGCCUUGGAUCAUGAAAAGUUAUAAGCUAUAAAGAAAAAACUAAGGUGGUGAAACAAAUUAACAUGCAGCAUUUAUCCUUCCAGGCUGGGUUGUUUAAAGCUGGGUUAAGAUAACCCAAGGUUAGUACGAAAUAUGAAUUCAGAUAUGAAAGUUUUAAAAACAAAUUCAUUUGAAUUCCUUUUGUCUACAAUUUGGUGAUUUGAUACUUAAAAAAAAAGGGAAAAUUAUCUGACAAAAUGCUUUUGAUUAAAAGGAAAAAGAAACGCAGGUUAAAAUCUAACACUGGGUUAGUGCUAAUCGGUCUUUGGAACAACUGGGCCCCGGUCUUUUUUUGGGUCCAAUUCUAAAUCACAUAACCACUUCGAAGUGAGUCAAUGGUACAUAACCUGGGCAUGUGUUACAUUCCCCUUCUGUCAUUUGAUAAUAGUAAAGCCUUGGGUCGCACAAUGGGCAGGGAUCUCCAAUUACUAAAACUAAAAAUUCAAAAUGACACAGUAACUGUUGUAUACAGUUACAGAGGGCCCACACUACCUCCCCUUUACAUUAAGUAAAUACACUACAACAAAUCUACUGGACAAAGGUCCAGUAGUCAGAUCAUUUACUGUAUUUUUUCUACAUCAUAAUAUUAUUAUUAAAAAGCUAACAAUAACAAGGCCACCCACAGUACCUUAAAUUUGGUAAAAAAAAAAAAAAAAAAAAAGGUUCUGUGCAUUUCAAAGUCAGGGUUGAGAUUAUUCACUUGUACACAAUUUCCUCAUGGCCAUUUAUUCAAGAAACUUCACAUUAAAACUGACAAUUUUGUUCUUACCGCUAUUUGUUCUAGUUUUCACUGACUAUACCUAGAGAUGACCACAUCUUGAUGGUAAGCCUCCUAAAAAUGACCACAUUUUGAAAGCCCAACAGCCAAUACUACAACGAAUGGUGAAAUUGCUUUGUAUUUCAUAUCAUUUGUGAAUAGAAACUCAGCACAGACAUGAAUGAAUAAUUUCUUUGCUGCUCUUUACAACCCUGAUUUUGAGUUCAAUAUGAUUUGUCUUUUAAACUGCUCAAACAGACUGGCGAGAUUUAUAUCAGCCUUCACUCAACAACAAUAACAUCAGGUGCAUUUCUUCACUUAAACCUAAACUUCUUAGACCAACGGGGUUUACACCAUCAAUAUUAUUAUACCCUUUUACUAAAUGAGCCGAAUUUUAAUAGAUUUAUUUAGAAAAGGAAUUCACACAGUAAGAUGACUUUUUGAUUUUCCUUUUUAAAUAGGAAUAUGAUAUUUUAUAAUUGCUGGACAAAAAAAAGGUUCCAGCUAAAAAUUUGUUUUGAACAGUGACAGUAAAUCUCAACUUUGGAUCUGUCUGAAGGCAUUUUCUUUGCCCUUCCACAAAAUCACUUUGUACUUUCACUUUGCCAGAAACUUUUGCCAUGACUUAGUAACGCCAAGUGAAAACAUAAUAUCUGAGGCAUAUUUCUUAAGCUAUAUGUCAGUGCUAGUGAGCAGUCAUGGACUGCUGUUUUGAAGGGGCAUCCGAUAGCAAGAUAGCCUUUCCAAAAUCAAUGAGCAUUGGGUGGUACAUAUUGUUUACCUCUGUAAGAAUAAUGUUGUCACUCUUUAUAUCUCUGUGGGGAAACCUGUAUGAGUGCAAAUGUUCUAUAGCUUCACACAAUUUCAGUACAUUAUGUUUCCGCAGAACACUGUGAAAGGGACAUGGAUUUCCUUAGCAGGGCACCGCACAAAGAACAAGAAAAAUAAUAUUGUAAAGAUGGUAAAAAUAUAACCCAAGGAAGUACACGUGAGGUUUCUGUUUUGUGACAUUUACCCCAAACAGAUGGGGUAUUGAUGGAUGAGAGCAUUCAGUAUAUAAGCUUCAAUUCUGUCAUCUUGUGAAGAGGAAAAAAUGAUUACUGUAAACAAAUUGAGACCCACUGGAAUACCCCUGUAGCAUUUCUUCAUGCACAGACCACAAACAGCUUCCCCAUGCUGAACCUGUAUUUCACUGACCUCUUUAUCUUUUGGAGAGUUCAGGUGAUGCAACUCAAUUUCAAGAACAUUGGAAAUAACUCCUGUACCACUCAAGGAAGAAUCUGAAACAAAUACAUAAAAAAGUCACUAAACCCACUAAAAAUAACUGUUAACUCUACCUUUAUUGAUAAUAUUGUGAAAUUAAAUGAAUUAUGUUACUUGUGUUGCCAUUAUCUUUAUGAACAUUAUAAAUACACAUGUGGCACAUUUUAGCAUUUUUGACCUUUUGACUCAGCUUACAUGUAUCAUUAUAAACUAUUAUAAACAAAACAACCUUGUAUAUGAAAACAUGACAAAACAAAACAGAAAAAAAAUGACAGUAUCGCAUAUAAAAUAAAGGCUCCACCUACCCUGUCAAAAUCAAUGGUACAUGUACAGGUAUUACGCUCAAUAUGUCAAUAUAGCGCCAGAGGUAGUAUAAAUUACUCAAGCAAUUAAUCUUGAGCUACUUCUGCCAAAUACCAAUAAAUUAGCAUUUUAACAUUGCAUAACUACAUAUUUUGCUGACUUAACACCACUUAAAUUUUUCAACAAUGCUUUUUUCAGCUGGAUCACUACCAUACGCACGCGACACGCGUGCUCAUACAUGCUACAAAUGUAAAUAUGGAUGCAAAUGUAGUUUAUUCCCGGUUAUAACAUAGAUGUGGCAGUAGAAGCACGAUAUACAAAGCAAAAUACAUCGACUUUACCUUUUAAAUUUCGAAUAUCCUUGAGAAGAAAUCCAGCAACAUAGGCAAUCUCUUCUCCCGCCAAAUCGCCAAAAGACCGCGCGCCCGAUUUCCCAAGCAUUUGCGCCUCAGUGGUGCUGGUCAGCGGCAGUCUGCAUAACCGUUCGAGAACGAGGCACAACAAUUGAAAUUCGUCGACCGUUAACACGUUCCACUGCCAUCGAUUUGCCAUCAGCUUUUACUUCGUACGUUUAACGCCAUAUUUAUCAAGAGGUUUCGAAUUUUUCUUCUUUGUGGGGUUGACUGUCGAGUAUGGAGGAAUCGGCCAGUCUUAUUUGUUCGAAUUUAUCGAACGAAUGUAUCCUCGAAGAACUUAUAAAAAUAAUCGCUCGAACUCGAGGGAACUGCAUACUUAUAGAUCCUUCGACGAAAAUCCACCAUGAAAGGCAUCUAGAUAGCUCCAUCGGCGACGAUCAAGUAGUAACGAGUGGAUCCAAGAAAAGCAGCCGUUAGUACUUAGUAAAUAGACUUCGGUGAAUCGAUGCUGUUUUAAUUAGCAGACAUUGUAAAACUAAGAGGCAGGAGAAAUGUUGAGGACAAACAAAUGCUGAGGGAGCAACUAAUCGGGAGUAAAAGAAAUGCUCAGUAAGUAUAAGAAAGUUCGUUGUUACUGUUAAGCCAUUAAUGAUGCUAUUUGAUAAUACCUACAUUUGCAUUCCAAUAUUCAGUAAUCAACAAGGACCACCCCUACUUCUGAAACUUUAUUUGUCCUGUUGUUGUAAAAAAUACUGUAAUCUUUUGUUUGGUUGUUCUCUUCAGAUAAAUGGUCUUAGAAAAUUUAAUAAGAAUUGAAGCAAGUGUUAAUUCCCCUCUAUGAGGCCAAAAUUAACCUUAUCCUCUAGUGCCUACUUUCUCCAAAGGCUUUUCCAAAAUUUAAAAGGGGAGUAAAGGCAGUGACUGCCAUGGUGCUGAAAACAUAGUGUAGCUAGAAUUUAGAUCAUGGUACCCUGCUUUCACUGAUUGUUUUUAUGAUCACCCCAUGUAAGGGAUUCUGGAAUCCGGGAAAUUUUUGCUUAUGGAAUCCAGAAUUCGGGCAAUUUUUGUCGCGGAAUCCUAAAUUCUGAGCUUUGAAACCUGAAAUACAAGUCAAACGAUUGGAAUCCAGAAACCAAGUAAUCCACUGAAAAAGGUUCCGAAUCCGCAGCGUGGAAUCCAGAAUCUAAAACUGUCUUGGAUUCCCUCAUAUGAGGCAAUUAUAGUAUAAUUAAACUUUUGUUCCCAAGAUACACUGUAAGUGAUGGCAAUAUUGCAGAAGAAGCAGGUUCAUGAAGUUUUAAGUAAUAUGUCAAUAAUGUUGUUAUGGUAGUGAUGUAGUGGGACACUCACUAUAAAAUUAAUACAAUGAUUUACCUGGAGUCAAUUGUCUUGUUACAAAAGGGUUUCUCGCAUUCAUUUUUUCGUUUUGUUUUUGCUCAAAGAAGGUCUUAGUUUUAAAGGGACUGGUUCACGAUAAUGCGCAUGUGUGAGUUCUAACAGUAGCUGAUUGUUUUUCAACCAAUCGGAAGCGAGUUAGAUGCAUGCAAGUAAAUUUACAAAAUUCAAAUUAAUUGUUCGCGACACGAGAGUAUUCCGCGCAUUUGGUUUGAUUUUAUUUAUCCCCAUAAUUCAAGUUUAUUCUUUGCUACUCCUCAGAUAUAUGAUGCAGCCGAUAAGAAUAAGACCUACAGCCCUGUCCUGCUUUGAAACAAACAUUUACCAACGUGUAUUUUUACGAGGUCGUACCCACGCUAACAAAGCAGUCACCGAUCGGCAAACAAAAUUUGUAAACAAACAUCUUAUUACUGCUCUCUCAGUUCGCCUUAUAUAAAUCCAGAAAUACCUACAAACAGCACCUGACAGGUGACAAAAACGUACAACGUAUGAGUAUAAAGAUUAUCCUUAAUUGAGUAUAAAUUUCAAAUGCUUAUCAGCAAACGAACAAAUUCAUUCGCGUUGCAUCGGGUCAGUGUUCCGCAAAACAAAUGUUAUCGAGUAGCACACAUAAAGAAACUAGAUUAUAAACAGAAUACUCAGGCAAUAAUUUAUUUCAAAAACAUCAAUUCUUAAACAUAUACGAUCGUAAAGCAAAGAUACAAGGAACAUUUCAAGUGUACCAGAUCGGUGAAGAUCGCGCGGCCUGUUGCGGUAUAACUACAGGUCGGAGUCAAAAAUCAAAUCAAAGUUGAACGAACUCGUGCCUUUAACCACUUUCCAAGUGUCGUGUAUACUUUACGUAAGCCACACACUACUACUAGAACCAUACCAGAUCGAUAGGCUAAGCUUCUCUAUCUCCAAAGACUCUUGAGAACGUCCUGUUGCCGGACGGCCACGAUGCUCUUCUGAACCUCCAUGAUCAAAACAUUAUUUUUUGCGUCUUCUUAAAACGCAACCAGUCAAACGACACAACCACACGUUAAUCAACACUACUGAAGUAUAACUAGAGCAGCCAAAGCGACGGAUGUCCGAAUAAAACGAAGGAUUUUCAGUGAUUGUACCGGUAAUGGCGAUUUCGAAUUUAGUGUUGACCCAACAAAUUUAUUCUAAAGAGACAAACGGCGCGCAUGCGCAUUAUCAUGAACCAGUCCCUUUAACAGGUACAGUGUAAUCAGGAUUAUGAUGACCGCUUGGGGUUAGAUUUGAGACAUGAAAGUUACGAGCCAGCAAUUUGUUUAAACUAGUUAAUUUUGAUAUCAGUUAACUCAGGCAAUAAGUAAGUUUAGUCACCUAGUGUGACUGCAGCCAGUAAUAAUACAUGUAAUAUCUAAUAGCAACCUUUUUUGCUAUAAAAGGCUAGAAUAUUUAGACAGAAAAGGACAAUAGUAUUUUUCAUGACAAGCAUCUACAGCUUUAGUUUCAAUAUUAAUGGUCUCAAUUAUGUAUAAUUUCUGUUUGUUGCAGAAAAAGCUGAAGAGACAACCCUUUUCCAGUCAACCUCUAUUUCGAAGAAGGAUUGUUGUAAGUUCAAAGCUUGUAUAAUUGUGGAGUACAUGUCUUCAGAGCAAGGCAAUACAGACCAAGGAGAUGACAAAUCCGAGAAAAGUGCUUUGCAGGAGGCCUCUAGCAUGGAGGAGUCAACAACUUAGCCUGUAAAAACCUCUUUGCCAUAGCUGAACAGUAAAGCAAAAUUAAAACAGUCACAUGUAAGCUUGUCAUUACUCAAUGACAAUAGAAAGGACGAAUGGCUUCUCCUCAGAGCAGGAGGCACCAGAGAUAAUGCUCCUGAAUUUGCUUUGUGAUAAGGAAAUAUAAGUUAAUCCAAGGCUCUUAAAGAAAUUCCAGAUUAUUUAUGACUGGUCAUACUUACAGGUACAUGUACAUGUAGUUCUGCAAAUACAGUAAUCCUUUAAUCACUCUCUGUUUAUGACACUGUUGUUUAGAAAAAGAUAAAUCUGUGUAAACAGUACAAAUCCUGAUGGUGUUGAUUUGUCCUGAGAAUUCUGGUGGCAGGUAGAUCAAAUUGGUUGAUGUGAUAAAUUUUUCAUUAGAAUCCUUUGGCUAUUGUUUGCAAGUAAUGUACCAGUCAGCAGGUUAAAAAGGCCAAUUAAUGUACAAAUGUUUCUUUUAAAUCUGUUUGCUUAACUGCAGGCAUUUGAGUUCUGCUGGCAACACUUCACAGUACAUUUGUACCGAUUACAGCAAUUACAAUUGACCUGCUUGAACAAAAAAAACAAAACAAAUUUAGGUACACCCUGCUUUUUGUCAUGAUUUGUUACGAAUUUUGCAAAGGAUUGCAACAUGACUCAAGAAAAAGAGUAAUGAGAGACAGCAGUGUAGUUAUUUUGCAGGCUAGCCAGAUCAACCUUUUGUACUACAUGUACAUGUAUACUGAGUUUAAAAUAAUUAUUAGCUUCUUUCAUUGGGAGCAACUACAGUGACAAUGGUAAUGUUGACAUGCUGUGGAAUACUUAUAGCUGGUCAUUACUUUCAUGACCCUCAAUUUUCUUAGAACGGGGCAAGUACUAGAAGCUCCGGCUGGUACUUCCUCUAAGAGCAUAUCCAAUACUAUACAGGAACCAUUAGCAACGAAAAUGAAGUUAAAGAAGUCUGAUCUGAAUUUGAAUAGCUGUAUGUACCUAAACUAUUUCUUAGUUUGCUAAAUGCUAUAACCCAGUUGUUAUACCAGCAAAAAUUGUACAUUGGUAGCAAGAAUUAGGCCUUUCAUUUUAAUAGAGCCUAAAGAAAAAAAAUGCCACCAGAAUCAAAUUUUGUUUAAUCUGUAAAUAGCAAUAAAUACAAAAAUACUAAUUAUUUAUUAAAAUGGGUGUCUUGAGGGUUCCAUUUAGUUGAAACAGGAUUUGGUCCUUAGAUACAAAAGUUUAAGUAAGAAAUAGUCUUGUCAUAAGUAAAUAUUGGUCCAAGGCUGAAAGGAUUUUUAACCUGUUUCUGAGUUGCAAAACCUAAAGAACUGAAACAGGUUUGAGGCAACUCUGAAACACCUACAGCUGUAUGUAGAAUAUCUUACACAUUUAGAUGAAGAACACUUUUCUUAUAAUAUUAAUAGUUAGUAAUGAUCUGAUAGAGCAUAGAGUGGAGACAAGUAAACAUCAACGAACAGUAAAAUUGGGAAUUAAUAUGAAGAGCUGUAUGUACAGCUUUAUACUGUAGUUUGUAAUGUCUGUAAUAAUGUGUAAGCCACUUUAGUUUAUGGAAUAAAUCAUUUAAACAUUAAUGGGAGGUCACUGCUAGAAUUUCUUUCAGUAACUUUAAUGUUUGAUUAAUUAUGGCCACUUGUUAAGAACCUGAAGUGAGCCAUAUUAUAAUUACAAAUAUUUUUAAAAUUUUAUCGCAUUUGCUACAACCCAAGCAAACUCGUUUAAACCUUGGAAUUUACAUUUGCUACUGGAGAAAACGUGCUCAAUUUUAUGGGUUUGAUGACAUUUGCUAACCAAAUUAAAGUCAGAAUUUGAUUACAUUUGCUACCUGAGCGAAAAAUUGUACAAUACUAACAGUUUGAUCAGAUUUGCUGCCCAAGCAACUUUGUUCAAAACUUGACUUUUGACCACAUUUGCCGCUACAAGCAAAAUUUUGUGUUUGAUCAAAUUUGCACACCCUAGAAAAUUUGUUCAAAGUUUAGGUUUGCUAACAUUUGCUUCGUGAGCAAACAUGUUUAAUACAAAGAGUUUGGUUACAUUCGCCAUGCAAAGCAAUCUGGUUCAAUUAUGAAAAUUUGAUCACCCAUGAUAACCCAAGCAAACAUUGUUCAAAUUAGAUACUUCGCUCACAUUUGCAAAGCUGCGUAAACGUUCUGAAAAUAACAGGUUUACAUGCUUUUACAUCUAAAGCAAAAGCUGUGCAAAACAGCAGAUUUGCGCUAUCAUUUGCGUAAUGUGCAAAUAUAGUUCAAAGAAACAUAUUUGCCUACACAUUUGAACCAUCUGCAAAUGACCCUCAAAUCCAUGGCUGCCCAUUAUCUUUGCACCAAGAUGUAAAUGUUGUGCAAAUGUGGCAUUUACCGUCAUUGCUACGGAUAGCAAAUCUAGUGCAAUAUCAGUCUUUGCUCUUGCGCAAAAUUGUGCAAAUGUGGUAUUUGCUACACAUUUGCUGUAAUUUGGCUACCCUAGUAAAUCCAUUUUUUCGUCCAGUGUAAAGAACGGUUUUCACUAGCGCAGAACCAUAAGUAUAAGGGCAUACGCACGCGCAGAAUGGCAUAUUUGAGCCUCCAAGGUUGUGAAAAAUGACCAUAUUUUGAGGACCUUCAACCAAACCAACGUUUGAGCAUUUGCACGGCAUUACACAUAAUACACUAUUGUCGUCAUUUUAUUGGAUAGCGCAAACGUCUUCCAACUUUGGUCAACACUAUCUGGAUGUGAAGAAUUGGCUGGGGGAUCUGGGCCAAUCAGAAAAGGAGAAUAUUUUGGAUAAAUAAUAAUGAUGUUUAUUGAGACGGGCUGUUUGGUGACUCUAAUCUUACUCGAUGAUUUUGUUCCAGUUCCCCGUGAAUGCAAAAGCUACGGCGUUUUAAAUGAAACCGACAGAGCGCGAGGAUUUUAUAAUCCGUUCCUGUCCCUCACCGACGCAGGACUUACUCCUGGAUGGCACAGAUUCAUGGGAAAAGCGGGUAUCAAUCAAUUUAACAUUCUUGUCUGAUCAUCAUCAUCAUCAUCAUCAUCGUCACAUCGUUGUCAUCACCAUCACUAUCACCUUUUGUAGAAUAAAAAUUAUAUAGAGUAUGAAAAUGCGAAAGUUUUUUUAUCCUCAAAAAGAGGAAUACUUAGGGCAACCAGUCCCCUUUAUGUUCUGUAUAGAGUGUUUUCACAUGACGUCACCGCGGCCAUUGGUGUCCCAAAACAAUGAAACGGCGGCCAUGUUGGUGUCCCAUGAAACUAAUCCUGUUGGAGUUGAGUUCUUUUUUAAUGCAAAUGCUUUCUUUUGUUCCAAUAAAUUCGUGUAGAUACUGGCCACGUGAGUGAAAACACUCUAUAUAAAUAGUGCGAAAGUUCGCAAAGUUCAUAUUUCAAUCCCCACCUUUGUUUGUUUUUUUCUUCAGUACUUACAUGUUAGUGUUAAAUAUUUGUUAGGAUCGCGGAUGUCACAUAAAUGCGCCAAGUUAUUUCACUGUGGUACACACGCACCCGGGUGGCUCAGAGGUGCUCAUCCUCUGAUAACUGAGGGUGUAGUAAUGAGACAAGUAUGCUUUCAUUGGAACGGCGACUGUUGUUAUUUCAAGCAACAAAUACCAGUGCGAAACUGUGAGGAUUUCUACGUCUACGAGCUUCCUGGAACAGAGAAAAGCUUUCUGCGAUACUGUGGCAAUUCAAAAAAGCACCAUCAUCUUGAACUUUAG